AGGGCAAUGCUUCAGCAGUUACAUGGGGUCACUAUGUACUCCCACGACGAGCACCACACCACCACCUCCUACUGCUGGAAUGAGAGAGAGAGUCGUGAAAACUCCUUCAGCCGCUCGCGCAGCUCUAGUGUGUCUAGCAUUGACCGGGACACCAAAGAGGCUGUCACCACACUGCAGUUUGGGGAGUCAUACGGACGCAAGAGUGAUGCCCUGCCCACACCAUGUCUGUGGGUGGGCACUAGCUUAGGAGUGGUCCUGCUCAUUCCAAUGUCCAUCCCUCUGGACCAGGAGGAAAGGAUGGAGGAGCCCGUCACCAUCGGCCCCAGUG